ACUAAUGGAGGUAAAGAGCAACCCUCCCUAGACCAGGGAGACGGCAUACCAUCCCUGUAUAGAGUAACGGAGCUCUAGCAAAUCCCCAAGUACUAAACAUCACAGGGAUUUUUUUUCCAGCAUAGGUUAACGUCCCAUUCAGUUGCGGGAGGGUACAGUUUGUAGGGAAGAUGGUCUCUGAAAUCCACAGGCGCAAGAUCUGAGCUUCAAAUCUCACAGAGCGAACUAACCUGGAUUUGCAGUAGACACCUUAAACAUACCCUGUCUCAAACGCUGCAGGUAUGAUUUGGUGCAUCGUGCAUCCCACUGAAUGAUGGAGACUUCCAAUGUGUUCAGAAGCAGCAAAUGGGAGUUCAUCUCCAUAACAUUUAUACAUAAUCUAAUCAAAUGGGAAUUAAAAUGUUACUGACCAUGAAACACUGCGUGUCGCCACGCACGGUGCCGCCACCUCCACCCCCGGCACCGAAGCCCGACAAAGCCAACGCCAGGCUGCAGAAGAUCCUGAAGCGGAUUGCCAAGCGUCAAAGUGCAGAAGUCUUCUCAUCACCGGAGGAUGGGGCAGAUAAAUCCCACACUUACCUGUCCAAACCCUUCCGGGCUUCCCUGUCGCCCGUGAGCGAGGGAAGUCCCGUUCCGGAGCACAGUGAGCGGAGGAUGCGCUCCCUCCCAUCUCCUUUGCCGUCUCUCAGACAAUACCCAACACCUGCAGCCCCAGACGCACGGCGUAAGCCUGUAUCCCAUUCGCAAGACCUUUUACAAGGGCAAAAUCGAGAUUCUCACCAAAACACAGACAAGUGUCUCACUGGUAGCGGGUGGAGGUCUGACCCAUGUCUCUGGUCCACCACUCCAUCCUGUGGUUCCGGUAAAGACCCUCGUUCUUUCAAGUGUUCAACCGAGCAGCAGCGCACGACAAUCACCCAUGCUUGGAAUGCCGCCGCGAUUUUCCCCAAGUUGUUACACCCAGCCGGGCACGGAGAUUCCCGCCACAAACAUUUUCACCGGGCAACCCCUUGGCCUUGCUCCUGGUGCUCACCUUGCUCAACCCUACCUCUCCAAUGGCCCUGACGUUGCCAUGAUGGGUGUGUUCCAGAGUAACAGAGCAACCUACAACCCUCCCAGGGUGAAGACUCCCACGUAUGAACCUCCGAGGGUGAAGACUCCCACGUACGACCCUCCCAGGGUGAAGACUCCAACCUAUGAACAUCGGGGAACAAGGACUCCAACCUAUGACCCUCCCAGGGUAAAGACACCCACCUAUGAACCUCUGAGGAUGAAAACGCCAACCUACGAACCUCAGAGGGUGAAGACUCCGACUUAUGACUUUCCGAGGGUGAAGACUCCGACCUAUGACCUUCCGAGGGUGAGGACUCCGACCUACAACCCUCCGAGGGUGAAGACACCAACCUUUGAAGCCCUGUGGGUAAAGACGCCAACCUUUGAACCUCCACGGGUGAAAACUCCAACCAAUGAACCUCCACGGGUGAAAACUCCAACCUACGACCCUUCGAGGGCAAGGACUCCAACCUAUGAACUUCCAUGGGCAAAGACACCAACCUAUGAACCUCCAAGAGUGAAGACUCCAACCUUUGAAAUCCCAAGGGAAAAGACUUUUACCCAUGGGGUGCCUCAUGGCGGUCACAUGGACAAGGCAUCCGAUAUGUCAGCCAUGCAAAAGAAUGCUCCGACAGAUGACUCUGUGAGUGUCAAUGUAGAAGUCCAUCAUAGAGAGAUGUUCACCGUGGCGAAAAGCAAAAUAGAAUCUGAACCCAGGCCAUCAAACUCUGUGGCCGAGGCAGCUAACCAAGGUCAGUCAGUUGUGAUGGCAGCAGCUCCGCUGAAAACCGUUGAUAGAGUGAAAGCUCCAAGGAGCAAGAUGAGUGGUUGGAGCCGUCUCAAGAAGCAUAUGGUGGUGGAAGACGAGCCCCCGAAAUUCCCAGAGCCGGAGUCAGGAGCUCAGGAGCAGAGUCAAAACCAGACAGAAGAUGGCAAGCAAGAGUCUCAAAACACCAAGGGGACACGGGCUGAUAAGAUGUGGGAUGCAAUGCUGUUCCAAAUGUUUGCGGUGAAAGAGCAUUUGCCGGAGGGAAGCAGGCAGGAUGAGCAGGAACCAGCCUCGGACAAGCCCAGGGCAACGCAGCAGUCAUCGUGGUUCAGCAGCCGCUUGCCCCUUCUGCUUUUUCGGCCGCGCUUCGAUGCUCGAAAGUUGAAGGAAGCAGCUAAAGGUCCCCUGAAGAGAAUCAGUAGCACGUUGAUCGAGUCGGGGCUGCAUCGCAAAGCGAUCGACGACGAAGAACUCAAGGAUUUCAACCGUACUGCAAAAGGCUGGCCAACAAAGCAGCGGCCUGAGCAUACAAACUAGCAAUCCAAAAUAGCCCACGGAAACCAGACCUAUUGAUCUGGCAACACAAGGGAAUUAGAGGAACAUCAACGCUGCCCAUAUGGAUUAGGUUUUUUUUAAAUUAAAUUCUUAUACAUACAACAUGUUACCAAAUGUAAUAAAAAUACAUUUUAAUCAUA